CUUCUGAUGUCACUGAGCCUCGGGGGCGAGUCUGCUCCGCUGCUAUAUAAUCUUCCCGGCUCGGUGGAUGAAACCAGCGCACUAAAAUCAGAUACGAGCAAAUAUACACGGAACAAACAAACAUGGUGAAGAUCACUUUCCAGACAGUUUCGGCGCAGAAGCCUGAAAAAGACAACGAUGAAGACAAGAUCAUUAUACCUCAGGGUCACGAGCAACUGGUUCUUCCUGUCAGGUCCAAGAAGCCUUUUCCAACAGGCCUCUGUUGCCUCACCUUUGGCCUGGUGGCCUUUAUGUCAGGACUGGUGCUGGCCUCCAUCUUCGUCUAUCGCUACUACUUUAUACCUCAGCAGAUCCCAGAAGACAGCUUGUUCCACUGCCGGGUUGUCUUUGAAGACUCCGUGUACGCUCCUCUGAGGGGCCGGCAAGAACUCGAGGAGAAUGUCGGCAUCUACCUUGACGACAACUACGAGCAGAUUAGUGUACCUGUGCCACACUUUGGAGGCAGUGACCCCGCUGAUAUCAUCCACGACUUUCAGAGGGGCCUCACAGCUUAUUAUGACAUAGCUCUGGACAAAUGCUACAUCACUGAGCUGAAUACAACCUUGGUGAUGCCUCCGCGGAACCUGUGGGAGCUGCUCGUCAACGUCAAGAGAGGGACGUAUCUUCCUCAGACUUACAUCAUCCAGGAGGAGAUGGUGGUGACAGGGAGGGUGUGGAACAUGAGGCAGCUGGGCCCGUUCAUCCACAGGCUCUGCUACGGCAAAGAAACCUACCGCCUCAGACGCCGCAACCAGCGCAGACGUAUUGACAGGCGUGAGACAAAGAAGUGCCACAGCAUCCGUCACUUCGAGAACACUUUUGUGGUUGAGACCGUCAUCUGCGACAGGGUCUAAAUCUAAAGGCGGAAAUCACAGCCAUCCAACACAGAAGCCAGUUCCAAACCAUACCUCUUGAAUUUAUUUAGGCUUUUAACUGCACUUUAAGAGCGAGUAUCUGUCCAACAGUUUUAGUUUCAGUUGUAAAAUUUUUUUGUUUGUUUUGUCUCAAGUUGGAAAUGCUCUUUUAUUGUUCAUGUACAAUGUUAUUAUAUUUUUUAUUCAAAUAGUCUGUAUGUAUGGAUGAAAUGUGUUUGGAUAUAUCUGUAGCUUGUCACGUUGUCCAUAAGAUGUUAAUGUGUGUCAGUCUAUGACAUUUUCAUCUUAAGACUUUUUCAUUUUAGUCCUUAUUUUUAUAUAGUAACUCAGCGCACUGUGGGUGGUGGUAAGGAUAUUAGGAAACUGCUUUCACUGUGCGCUCAUGUUAGUAUUCGUUUCUCGUUUGUUAUUUUAUUUCGUUUUGAAAGUCAGAAAAUGGCAAAACAUACCUCAUGUAGUUUAGACGUUUCUUUGUUAGUUUAUAUCAUUAAUGAAUGGUGUAUAUAACUUUGAGUGUUCCUAAGCAAUAUAUACUGUAAAUUGAUUCUGAACAUAUUGUUACAUGCAUAGAUUUUUAUCUGAAAUCAACCUUUUUUGUGAACAAUCAUUUCUUUAUGGUUUGUCUCUUUAUUUCCUUUGGUAUCACACUUUCCUACUCCUUGGAUAUAAUGGCUUGAGACUGUAAUUAGUAGCAGUGCUUUAGAGAGACAGAAGGAACCAAAGUCUGCAGUGAGUGAUGCUUUGCUUAGUGUUAAGGAUUUAUGAGACAUUUACAAAGAAUGCUUUUUACUGUAGAUGAUAUCAAAGGCUACAUCUAAUUUUUUUGUCUUGCUCUUCCUCCUCUUCACUUGGAUUUGCCUGUUGUCUUUAUCUCGCGCCAGUCCCUAAUCCUUCCUAUCUUGGCAUUAUAAUCUCUACAAUGUUGAUUUGUCCCAACUUAAAAAAAAGAUUUGGGGUGUCUUUCUAAUGUGCAACCUGGAGCAAAUAAGUCUCUGUUGAGAGAGACCGGUGAUAUGUGGUCACAUUUCAUUGUCUUGGGAUAUGUUAUUUUGCUGUACAGUCAAAUUUUCUUGUACUAUCUUGCUGCUUUAAGAAUAAAUGAUCAAACUUUC